AUGAAUGUUAUCGAUAAUGUACGUCGUGCUUUUCGUUCAAAAUAUUCAUUUGAUAUACAAUCGACAUGGUUACAAGCAUGUCUUGCUUGGUUAGGUGACCAAUUUCAAUUAACAGAAUUAACUAAUAAUUAUACACUUGAAAAAAUCUAUAAGCAAUGGCUUCAUACAGAUAUUUCUCUUAUUGCUGAUGCAUGUUAUUUACCAAAUGAUUUAGAUUUGAAUGCAAAAAAAGUUCAAUUAAGUGGAAAAUAUGCAUUACAGAUCAACAGUAUAUCAUGUAUAUCUGAAUCAUACUAUAGUCAAGUUUUGGAUAUACAUGGUGAUCAAAAUGAAAAUGAACGAAUCGAUACAGAUAUAACUGAAACACAACAAUGGAAACCACCACCAACUAAACGUGUUCUCUAUUUGGAAUUAACGGAUGGUAAAACAAUUCUUCGUGGAUUAGAAUACGAAACAAUUAGUGGUCUUGAUCGUGAUACAACAUUACCAGGUGCAAAAAUUCUUGUAACUGGUCCUAUACUUUUUCGUCGAGGAAUGUUACUUUUAACACCUAAAAAUACACAAAUACUUGGUGGUUAUGUUGAAAGUUUACUUGAUAAAAAUGCUUCUAUUGAAACCGCAUUACUUUCAUUAUCAAAAACGGCAUCAAAAUUAGAUGAAAGUCGAAUGCGAUUCAAUCGAUUAAAUAUCAAAGUUCAUCCACCGAUCGUUUCUAACAAUGCAACAAAUACAAUAACUGAUAGACCAAUAAAUCAAGAUGAUUUUCAUGAAGAUGAAGAUGAAAUGGAUGAAUUCAUUCGACAAGCAUAUGCUGAUGGUAUGCUUAAUGAUGAUAGUCAUAUAGCUCCGGAACCUAUUGAGCAUAAUCCUCUUCCUUCAUCGUACAAUACUGUUCAAUCAUCGACUACUAAUAAUAAUAAUCGAAUUAUAACAUCAAUCGAUCAACCAGAAGAAUUAAUUUUAAUUUCGGAUGACGAUGAUGAUUAUAAUCAUUUGUUAAAAACAAACAUUUCUCCAAUAGAAUCAUCAUUAUUCGAUACUGAAAUAUCAAAUAUUUCUUUUUCUGCACCUCCACCACCACCACGACCGGUACGACCUUUGGUUCCUAAAAUAUCUUUACCUUAUACAUAUUUAUCUCUUAUUCGUCAUCAAAUACCACUAUGGAAUACAAGUUAUCAAGAUUUUAUAAUAAAAGGCUGUUUUUCAUCACUUAUUAAAACUACACGAAUAAUUAAAAAUGAAUAUUAUUUAGAAGCUUAUCUUAAUGAUGGUAGUGAUUGUUUACUUGUUCGAAUAGCAUCUGAUCUUAUUACUCAACAUGUUGGUAUAACUGCAGUAGAAUUAAAAGUAAAACGACAGGAAUAUAAAAAUGUUAUCGAUCAACAAAAAUUUCAAACAGAUAUUAAUCAACGUUUACAAAAAUUUGCUGACGAUAUGAGAGUCGUACAUGCCAUAAUAACAAUAAGAUUCUUUUCAGAUAAUGAAAUACCAAUGGUGCUUAAAGUUGAUCAAAGCUAG